ACCGGAGCCGGAAUCGCCAAAACGGGAACUGCCAUAAAGUACGCGGGAUUGGGAGGCCUGGGAGUGGGCGCAUCGGCCGUCGCCUGGGGUUUCGAUAAGUCGACGAUUGGCUCACAUUUUAGUCUUCGUGAGAGCGAAGAUAACUCAUCCGACGAUUAGCAAACGCACACAUUAGCGCGUAGCCUAAGGGUAUGGCUGUGCGCCUGGAUGUUGGUCUGUAUUGUAUUGACGGCCAGUUAUGGCGGAGCGUUUUACGCGGACAUCACCCGUCCCGUCGAGUUGGGACGCAUACACACAUUACAUGACUUAAAUGGGGCUCAAAAAGAGGGCAAAAUCACGGUUUUUGGUAUCAUUGGUGGCAUUUACUAUAAUAUGAUUAAAGAGUCGCGAACGGGUGUCACCCAAGAGAUCGGUCACUCCAUGCAAUCGGUCGACAGCUUUAUAAAUGCUAUUUCGUUAUUAAAGAAAUCGGCAAAACCAUUGGCAUUCAUACUGACCAAGGAGGUAUUGGCGUAUUCAUUGCAUCGGUACGGUAUUCGUGGCUAUUAUAUUCCCGAUAAUACCGUGGACUCCAUAUUCACACUCAAUUAUGUGGCCAUUCCUAUGCCCAAUGACUUCCCAUACAAACAUGAGUUCAAUAAAUUGUAUAUAAAAAUGUUGUUUUAG